ACAUCGCCACACAGUCUGCAAGGGACCGUACCAUGUCUCGUGUACUCAACUGGGUGUGGAAGGGGUGGCCACCAAGGCACAGCAUCACUUCUGAGUUCACACCAUUCGUGUCAAGGCAACAUGAGCUGUCUGCCCACAAAGGUUGUUUACUGUGGGGUGACCGUGUGGUGAUACCGCUGAAGCUACGGUCCCGGAUUCUCGAAGCCUUGCACGCCGGACAUCCAGGAAUUGUUCGGAUGAAGGCACUUGUCCGCAGCUAUGUAUGGUGGCCAGGAAUGGAUGCGGCUAUCGAGGAAUGGGUGCGACGAUGUUCUCCCUGCCAGGAAACACGGCCAGAGAUGCCCCGAGCACCAGUCCAUCCAUGGGGGAUGACCCGGGCGCCGUGGUGUCGCCUGCACAUUGAUUUCGCAGGGCCGUUCCAAGGAAAGACAUUCCUGAUCAUAGUGGACUCCUAUUCAAAGUGGCUGGAGGUCAUCGCAGUGUCAUCCUUGACAUCGCUCACCGUGAUCAAUGCCUUACGGAGGCUGUUCGCAACACAUGGUCUUCCAGACACAGUAGUGUCGGACAAUGGGCCACAAUUUACGUCCGCCGAGUUCCGGGAGUUUCUGGAGGCCAACCUGAUCCGCCAUGUGACAUCUGCACCUUUUCAUCCAUCUACACAUUUCCAGGCUGAAAGGAUGGUGCGAACCACCAAGGAUUCUCUGUCGCGCAUUGUGCAGGGAGAUUGGUCACGGCGACUGGCAGAUUUCUUGCUACAGCAGCAUAUGGCAGGGUGUUGCGGCGGCACGUUGACCAGCUCCGGCGCCGGGCAAUGGCGCCUUGCACAAGCGAGGGACCGGCACCAACAGAACAACAGCCAGAGGUCUACCCCACACAAGGGCCAUCAUCAAGGGAAGUUUAUCCUCGGCAAGGGAUACCUCCAGGGCAAGUGA